AUGGUGGUUCCCCACAUAAACGCCAUCCGCCAAGAGGCGCAAGUCAUCACUCAGACCGUGUACCUCCCCACGACCACUUACACCACACUUGACACGCUAGGCAUAGCUACGGCUCCCGUCACGGACCGACCCGUCGUCGUGACAUCCCAGCACAGCGGCGAUGGCCUCACAAGCACUCAGAUCGGGGCCAUCGCGGGCUCUAUCGUUGGCGUGUUCAUCCUUGCAUUUGUCGUGAUAUGCUGCUGCUGCCGUCGUCCGAGGAAGCAGGUGAAGAGACGACGGAGUGAUCGGAGUAGCUACUACGGGAGCUCUUCAGAUGGUUGGUCUGAGGCGUUGCCGAAUGAGAACUGGACGAGGCCGGUGCCUGUUGCUGUUCCUGUUGGUCGAGGACCUACACCGGUGCAGUAUCCUUCGCCGGUUGCUCAGAGGGGGAGAAUGAGGGAGCAGAUGAGAGAGCAGCCGAGGGAACAGAUUCCUGGAGGACCAAAGUUUCCUACCUACAGGGCGAUUCCUAUUCCCAAUCCUCGACGGAGCGAUAAUCCACCUCGCACUUAUUCCCGCCCUUAUUGGCGAUAG